GGUGAGCCCGCUGGUCGCCGGUGGUCCCCAGGAGGCGGAUACUCGAAGGGACUUCCCUUUUCCUAGCCUUAAAUUGGGGCGCAGUCCUCCUCCUUGGGUUUCUCUUUACUAGGAGGUUGGAGCUAUCCUUGGAUCUGGCUGACGGAGUUUUUGAGUCUUUCACUGCUGAGGUUUCUUACAUCUAACCAUGCGUCUUUCGGCCCUGCUGGCCUUGGCAUCCAAAGCCACUCCCAGUCUCCACCACCGCUAUGGGAUGAACCGUCCAGGCUCCCUAUCAGACAAGAGGAAUCCCCAGUGGAGCAGGCGGCGCCCAAUGGCAGUAGAGCCCAUCUCUGAGGAAGACUGGCACCUGUUCUGUGGAGACAUGGUGGAGAUCUUAGAAGGCAAGGACGCUGGGAAGCAGGGCAAAGUGGUUCAGGUCAUUCGAGAGCAGAACUGUGUUGUCCUGGAGGGGCUGAACACGCGUUUCCACUACAUUGGCGGAACCAAGGAUCACCCAGGGACCAUGAUCCCCAGUGAAGUUCCCCUGCUUCAUAACCAGGUCAAGCUGGUGGACCCUGAGGACAGGAAACCCACUGAGAUCCAGUGGAGAUUUACUGAGGAAGGAGAGCGGGUUCGAGUCUCCACAAGAUCUGGGAGAAUUAUCCCCAAACCUGAAUUUCCUAGAGAAGAUGGCAUUGUCCCAGAAACAUGGACUGAUGGCCCCAAGGACACAUCAGUGGAAGAUGCUCUAGAAAGAACUUAUGUGCCCCGGCUAAAGACACUAGAAGAAGAGGUGAUGGAGGCAAUGGGGAUCCAGGAGACUCGAAGACACAAGAAGGUUUAUUGGUAUUGAGCCUGAGAGUGCUGCUUUUGCAUACUCAGUCUUCACCUUGAGGGUGGGCAGGCCUCCUCCUCCAACACCAAUAAAGAGCCCUGAGUGCA